AUGGACGGGAGCGGGCGCGGGGAUCGCAACGACGAUGACGACGAGUGGGACGAGACGAAUAACAACGGGCUCCCGCCAGACCCGGCGGAGCUCCGUAACAGGAAGCCCGGGGAUGACAGUAACGGGUACGAGGAUGAAUAUGACGAGUAUGGGGAGGAGGGGGAGGAGGGGGAGUAUGUCGAGGGAGGGGAACGGAGAGGGGGCGCGCGGUAUGGUGAAGAGGGGGAGUAUGGAGAAGAGGGAGAAUACGGGGAGGAAGGCGAAGGGUAUGAGGAUUACGACCCAGAUGACCCCAAUUCCCAGCAGCAGCAGCAGCAACAACAACAACAGGGGUUGAGAGCUGCUCCCCCUCCUAAGGGGCCUGGGCCUGGGACAGGAGAGGGUCCGCCUGACGGCCCGCAGGAGGAAAACGAGUAUGAUUAUGACGAGUAUGGUGAGGAGGGAGAGUAUGCGGGGGAGGGUGAGGAGGGAGAGUAUGGGGGAGUGGGUGAGGAGGGAGAGUAUGGGGGAGUGGGUGAGGAGGGAGAGUAUGCGGGGGAGGGUGAAGAGGGAGAACAUGCCGGGGAGGGUGAAGAGGGAGAUUAUGGGGGGGAGGGAGAUUAUGGGGGCGAGGGUGAAGAGGGAGAAUAUGCGGGGGGAGGUGAGGAGGGAGAGUAUGGGGGAGUGGGUGAGGAGGGAGAGUAUGGGGGAGUGGGUGAGGAGGGAGAGGGGCAAUAUAACGAGGGGGAAUAUGUUGAAGGAGAGUACGAUGAAGGCGAAUACGUUGAAGGGGAAUAUGCUGAAGAAGAGUACGUUGGGGAGGAAGGAGAGCAUGGAGAGGAAGAAGCUUAUAACGAGGACGGGGAGUAUGUUGAAGAGGGGGAGGGGGGUGGUGGCGAGGGGGGAAACGAACAAGCAGCGGAAGGUGGCGAAGGUGAUUAUGAGGAGGGGGAUUACGAGGGUGAGGGGGAGUAUGGGGGGGAGCAUGAGGGGGAGUAUGGGGAAGAGCAUGAGGGGGAGUAUGGGGAAGAGUAUGGAGAAGAGCAUAAAGGGGAGCAUGAAGGAGAGCAUGGGGAAGAGCAUGAGGGGGAGUAUGGGGAAGAGCAUGAGGGGGAGUAUGGGGAAGAGCAUGAGGGGGAGUAUGGGGAAGAGUAUGAGGGAGAGCAUGAGGGGGAGCAUGAGGGAGAGCAAGGGGGGAAGCUUGGGGGACAAAGAGAUGACUAUGACGACGAGGAUGGUCAUUACAAGGGGGACGGAGCAGGGCAUGUUGAAGAAGGGGAUGAGUAUGCUGAAGGGCAGGAGUACGGCGAGGAAGGGGAGGAGUAUGUUGAAGGGGAGGAGGGUUAUAGAGAGGGUCCUGAGGGUGGUUAUAUCGAAGGGGGUGAGGAUGCAGGGGAGGAAGGGGUGCAAGAAAAUCGAGAGGGUAAGGACGAUGGUGGUGGGGGUUACAGUGGGGAUGAGUACGGGGCUGAUGAUAACGGGGAUGAAAAUGAGUACGAGGGAGGAGAAAGGGGCGAUGGGGAAGGGCGGGAGGAAGGGCGGGAGGGGGAGGAGCGAGAGGAAGGGCGUGAGGGGGAAGGGGAUGGGUCGGAGGAAGGAGAUAUGUACAGUGAGCGAGAGAGAUACAGAGGGGAGGAGGGGGAGGAGGGGGAGGAGUAUGAGGAGGAGAGGGUAAGAGAAGGUGAAUACAGCGAUGAGGGUGAUAUGUAUGGUGAUGGUGGUGAUGGUGAUGAUGAUGGCAGAGGGGAGGAGCAUGAGUUGGGGGGAAGUAGAGACGACAGGUUUGAGGAUGAGGGAGAAGGUGACUAUAACGAAGAGAGAGAGUAUGGUGAUGAUGGGUUUAGUGAUGGCGGUAAUGAUAGAGUUAGUGACACGGGGUCGCGGAGAGAGGGGGUGGAAGCAGGGGAGCAUGGAGGGGAAGUGGAGAGUGGGGAUGCAAAGUAUCAGGGGGGAGUUGAGGGAGUGGGCGAAGGAGAGGGAGAGGGGGAGGGAGGGGGAGAGGGGGAGGGAGGAAGGGAGGGGGAGGGAGAUUGGGAGGGAGAGGAUAACGGAGAGGGAGAAGGAGAGGGAGGAGAGGAAGAAGGAGAAGGAGAAGGAGAAGGAGAAGGAGAAGGAGAAGGAGAAGGAGAAGGAGAAGGGGAGGAUGGUGGGGAAGGCGAGGAGCGAGAGGGAGGGCUGUUGCAUGCAGGCAUGGAGAGGGGGGAGAGUGAGUAUAGCGAGGGAGACGAGGGGGAGUACAGUGAAGGGGAGCGUGACGUGGGGAGAGGUGGCUUAAGAGACGAGCAGGAGGGAGAGGGUGAUGAUUAUGAUGAUGGAGGGAGGUAUGGGGGGGACGAGGAGGAUGGGAGUGAAGGAGAAAGAGAGUGGGGUGAGAGGGGGGAGGAAGGUGAGGAGAGAGAUAGGGAGAAUAGAGAGGAGGAAGAGGAGGUGGAGGAGGAAGAGGGAGCAGAGGGGGAGUUGCGAGGGAGAGGACGAGGGGGGGAAGAUGGUACGGAGGAGGGAGGAGAUGAUUUGUAUGGUGGGUCGGAGGUUUCUGAAGCAGAGGAAUGGAGGGAGCAGCAGGCACGACAGGAGCAGCACCCGGAAGGACAGGAUGAGGAUGAUUAUGGUUAUGAUGAUGGUGAUGCUGCUGCUGCUGAGGAUGAGGACGAGGAAUGGCGGCAGCAGCAGCUGCAGGAAGGGGAGGAGCAGCAGGGCGAGGAGGAAGGGCAGAGGGAUGGUGAUGAGGAGAACGCGGAAUUUAGGAGGGAUGGGGGGGAGGAGGAGGGGAUGGAGAUGGAGGGGGAAGAGAUGGGCGAGGAGAGAGAUUUGUUCUCGGAUGGAGAUGGAGACGCAGAUAGAGAGGAAGAUAGAGAUGCAGUUAGAGAUGACGAUGGAGAGGACAGAGGUUAUCACGGAGAUGGAGGGGAAGAGAGAGGGGAGGAUAUAAGAGAAGGUAGAGGAGAAGAUGGUGAUUAUGGUGAGGGCGAAGGGGAGUUUGAUGGUGGGGGGGAAGGAGGAGGGGAUCGCAGUGCUGCUGGGUCUGCUGCUGCGCGCAGCACUGGUGGGAGUGAGUAUGAUGAUGAUGGGGGGAGCGCCCGUGGGAGUGAGUAUGGCGAGGGGGGUGAUCUGUAUGAUGGCGAUGGUGCUAGUGGUGAUGGCAGAGGGGAGGACGACGCUGCAGCAGCUGCUACUGCUGGUGUGGAUAAUGAUGUGGAUGGUGAUGUGGAUGGUGGUGGGGGUGAUGGCGGGGACGAUGAUGGAUAUGGGCAGUAUGAAGAAGGGUAUGAGGACGAGGAGGACGCGGAAGCGAGGGGAGUGGAGGAUGAAGGGGAGAGAUGGCAGCAGCCGGAGGAAGGAGAGGGUGAAGAGGAGGGUUAUGAGGAUGAGGAAGGGGAGAGAGGAGGUGGCGGGGAGCGGGAGGGAGAGGAUGAGGGGGAGGAGCUGUAUGGGGAGGAGUAUGAUGAGUAUGGGGAAGAGCUGUAUGGAGAGGAGGGAGAGGAGGGAGAGGAGGGAGAGGAGGGAGAGGAGGGUGCUGAGGGGCGCGAAGUUGGGAGAAGAGUGGUGCGUGGAGGGGUGGGGGAGGUGGAGGAGGGGGAUGGGGAGGAGGGGGAUGGGGAGGAGGGGCGGGAAGGGGAGGAGGGGGAGGAUGGGGGGGAAAGGGAGGAUGGGGAGGAGAAAAGAGAGCAUGAGGAGGAGGAGGAUAUGUAUGGUGAAGAGGAUAAAGAUGAGUAUGACGAGGAUGGAUAUGGUGAUGGGCAUGAGCGAGACAUGUAUGGAGAUGAAGAGGAGGAGGAUGGUUAUGGGGGAGGUGAUGGGUAUAGGAAGCAGGAGCAUGAGUAUGGGGAGGAUGGGGAGGGGGUUGUGGAUGUUGAUGGGGAUGCGGAUGGUGAUAUUGGAGAGGAGGAGCUUGGGCGUUCCCUGGAUGGAGAACAAGAGGAGGGGUUGGAGGGGGAAGGGGGUGAGGAGGAGGGAGAGAGAAAGGAAGAGGAAGGUUUGGGAGACGAGGGGAGAGCGGAGGAAGAGUAUGAGAGAAGCGAUGAUGGUAGAGGAGGUGGGGGUUCGGAUAAGGAGGAGGAUGGCUGGAGGGACGAUGGGAGUGAGAAGCAGCACGCAGGGGAAGGGCGUUUGGAUGGUGAAGGAGAGGAGGUGUGGGAUGGGGAGGAGAGGGAGGUGUGGAGUGACGAGGAGGGGGAGAAGUGGAAUGGGAGGAGAGGGGAUGGAGACGAGGGGAGCGAUCGUGACAGGUUCGAGAGGGAGGAAGGGAAGGGAUGGAGUGAUGAGGAGAGGGAGAGGUGGCGAGAAGAGGGAGAGGGGGAGGGGGAAGGGGAGGGAGAGGGUGAAGGGAGAGGAAGACACGCAGAGAGCGAAGACGGGGAGGAGAGGUGGAGUGAGGGAGAAAGGUCAGAUGAUGGACGGGAGGAGGAUUAUGAGGGGGCGGAGCGAGGUGGGAAAGAAGGGUUUGAUGCAGGGGCGAGAGGGAAGAGCGGGCAAGGCAUGGUCAAGAAAGUCAACGGAGAAAUUUCGCCUAGAAGCGGGGGUAUGAACGGGCGGGGAGGGCCGGAGGAUUAUUCAGACGAGGAAGAGGAAGAGAGGGAUGGGGAGGUGGAGGAGGAGGGAGAGGGGGAAGUGGGUGGGUUGGCAGGGGAUGGAGAUGAGGGUGCUGUGCGGGUGUAUGAGGUGGGGGCUGGGUGGGAAGAAGAGGGUAGUGAGGAUGGGGGGUUGGACUCUGGUGGGGGAGGGAGUGUGGUGGAAGGAGGGAACGGCAGGGAGAGUGACGAGGAGGUAGAGGCGAGAGAGGAGAGAGGGGAGGGAGAGGAGGUAGAGGAGGGAGUGGAGGGGGAAUCUGUGGUGGAUGGGGAGGAAGAAAGGGAGUAUGGUGAGGGAGAGAGUGACGGGGAGGAGAGAGACGGGAGCAGCAGGGCAGCGAGGUUUGCAGUGGGGGAAGAAAAACCGGAGGCAGAGGCGGAGGAGGAGCAUGCAGGAGGGGAGGUGGUGGAGGAGGAAGAAUAUGAGGAGCGGGGUUAUGGGGAGGAAGGUGCGGGGAGAGAGAGGAGGACAAGGAGGGGUUCGGGGAGUCUCAGUGGCAGUGGGAGCUGGGACGAGCGGGGAGGCGAAGAGAGAGAGAGAGAGCAGGACAUGUAUGGGUCAGGAUCGGAGGACUUGGAGUAUGAGAGGGAUGGGCGGUACGAGAGAGAGGGGCGGUUUGGGAGAGAGAAUGAGUACGAGUAUGGAGACGAGGAGGAGGAGGAGGAGGAGGGGGGUGAGUAUGAGGGAGGUGGUAAUGGGUUUAGGGGUCAUGGAGAGCGGCGCAGCAGGAGGAGAGGCUCGUUUGGGGAUGAGGAUGAGGAUGAGGGUGGUGAUGGUGGUGGUGAUGGUGGUGGUGAUGGUAAUGGUGUGCUUGUGGGAGGGCGGGCCAGCAGUGGUGAAGCAUCGCCUGUGUCACAGGGACGAGAGGAAGGAGAGGGAGGAGAGGGAGGGGAAGAUGAGGGCGGAAGGGACGGGUUUGCACUGUUCAACCUUCCAGCAGGGUUGCAGCUAGGUAUGCCGCAGGGCUUGCCCGAAGGCCAGCCUGUUGACUACUCGGUUGGGGACCUGGAGAAGGCGUUUCGUGCCAUGCAAUCUGGUGCUGCUGCUGCUGCUGAUUCGGGAUCGAAACCAGGUGUUGCACCGGGUGCUAAAGCAGCAGCAGCAGCAACAGCAGCAGGUGCUGGAGCAGGAGUAGCUGCAGCAUCGGGAGCAGUGGUUGAAGCGUCUGUUGCCGCAAAUGCUGGUGGGAAGGGUGGAGCAGGAAUGGGAAAGGCGAGGGAGGGAGCGACAGGGGCAGUGGAAGGGGGUGGAGAGGGAGGAGAGGGGGAGAAGGAGGGGCGAGCGGGGUUUGCGCUAUUUGAUCUGCCUGCUGACAUGGCGAAUAUCCCCCUGGGCCAACACGUGGACGAAUCAGUGGGCGACCUGUGGAAAGCAUUUCAAUCCAUGCAAGGGAAGGGCGGAAUGGCUGCUGUGGGUGGUGGUGGGGGGAUAGGAGAGUUAGGUGCUCUUUCUGCUGCUGCUGCUGCUGCUGGUGCUGCUGGUGAUGCUCGUGGCGGCCUAAAGAUUCAUGAAGAGGAUGAGGAGGGGGAAAGUGGAGACGAAGGGAGUGGAGACGAGGGUUCCGGUGGGCAGAAGAGGGGAAAGCAGCAAAGGGAGGUGGUGGAUAGCGAGCAGUUAGAGAAGGAGGAGGAAGAGGAGGAGGAAGAGCAGUAUGAGGUGGGUUUGUCAUUCCUGGAUAAACUAAAUCAGCUGCAGCAGCUGCAGGAGCAUGGGAACGGGUUGGGCGUGCCUGGAACGGGUAUGGGAAGCUUGCUGCAAGAAGGCAUGGGCAUGGGGCUGGGAGCAGGCAUGGGCAUGGGCGUGGGCAUGGGCAUGGGCAUGGGUAUGGGUGUGGGCAUGUUGGGUAGCCCUCUUAAUAGCCCGUUAUCCGCAAUGGGAAGCCCUUUCGGCAUGUCCGAUCCGUCCUUUCCGUCCCCAGCCUCGCACUCCCCCAACACACUCCCCUCGUCCCCGGGGGGUGGGAGGGCGGGCGGAGCGGGGGAGGCAGCAGUGGGAGGGGGAGAGGAUGUGGGCGUGGAAAAUCGGAAGCUGCCGGAGAACGUGCUGCAGCUGAUGCGGGAGAAGAAGCCGGUUGUACCUGGCAAGGCGGAGUGCGAUGAUGAGGAUGAGGAUGAUGAUGAUGAUAGUCUCAUGGGGGGAGAGGUGCGCACAAGGGACGAAGAGGAAGAGGAGGAGGAGGAUGGGGGGGGAGCGGGAGGAGGGUUUGGGCUGCUGGAUCAGCUGUUGAACUUCCAAGGCGCAGGGCCUCCUGGGGGCAUAGGCAUGGGCAUGGGCAUGGGCAUGGGCAUGGGCAUGGGGGGGGAUGGAGGCGUGCCGCUCUCGGAGAACGCUCCUGCUGGCUUGGCUGGUGGGUUUGGCGAGCUGCUAGCCGCCAGUGCUGCCCUCCUCGGCCCAAACAGCAGUGCUCUGCCAAAGCCUCCCCAAGACGCCCCCGAUUCUCCCGACAGUGGUCCUUUAGCCGGGCUUCUGAGCAUGCAGAAUGACAUGGGAGGGAAGGGCGGUGGGGGCCUGGCAGGGGGGUUUGCGAUGGGUGGGGGGCUGGCAGGGGCGUUUGCGCGGCUGCAGGAGGAGGAGAAGAAGGGGGAAAGGGGGACGGAGGGGAAGGCGGUAGGGGGCACACCGCGUGUGACUCGGGUGAGGUUUGUUGAAGAGCCGGAGGAGUGGGGGGCCGGAGAUGUGCAGGAGGAGGAGGAUGAGGAGGAGGAAGUGGAUGAGGAGGAGAGAGGGCAGGAUGAGAGGGAGGAGGGCGAAGACCGUGAGGGGAUGGUGGAGGAGGAUGAGGUGAGGGAAUAUGGGGAGGAGGAGGAAGACGAGACUGGGAGAAGGAGUGGUGAUCAAAGGGGUGAAGGCGAAGGGGAAGGGGAGGAGGAAGAAGAGGAGGGGUACUACGAGGGAGGGGGGGACAGGGAUGGGGAGCAGGGCGAGGAGGAGUAUGGGAGGGAGGACGAUAUGUAUGAAGAGGGGGAUCGAUACCCGAGGGGUGAGUAUGAAGGAGAGGAGGGGGAGGAGUUUGGAGAUGAAAGAGAGGGAUUUGAGGGGGAGGAAGGGCGGAUGGGUGGAGGAGAGGCGUAUGAGGACGAAGAGGGUGCGUUUGAUGAGGAUGGGUAUGGAGAGAGGGAGUACGGGGAGGAAGGGGAGCUGGCAGGGAGACAGGGGUAUGAGGACGAGGAGGAGGGCGUUGGAGAGGGAGGGGAGAUGAGGGAAGGGAGUGUGGGAGGGAGUGAUGAUAUGUAUGGGCAGGAGGGGCAGGAGGGGCAUGAGGGAGAGAUGGGGCAGGGGAACGGGGAGAUGUAUGGAGAGGGGGAAGAUGGGGAGAUGUAUGAGGGAGGGGAAGGGGGCGAGAUGAUUGAAGGGGAUGGUGUGGGGGCGGGUUAUGGAGAGGAGGGGUAUGAUGAGGGUGAGUAUGGGCAAAUUGAAGGGGCAGAGCACGGGGAGUAUCAGGAGCAGGAGGGGUAUGAUGAGGACCAGGCACGGUUCGAAGAGCAGGGGGAGGGCUUUGGUGAAGAGGAGGGGAUGUAUGGAGAGGGAGGGGAAUACGAGGAGGAGCAAGGGAGGGUGCAUGGGCAAGGGUAUGAAGGAGAGGAAGGAGAGGAAGGGGAGGAAGGGGAGGAAGGGGAGUAUGGGGAAGGUGGUGAGGGAUACGGAGAAGAAGAACAGUAUCCUCCUGGGGAGGGACAGUACCCGGCAGAAGAGCAAUACUUGCCAGAUGACGAGGGGUAUGAGCAGGGGCAAUACCCUCCUGAUGAGCAGUAUCCGCCCGACGAGCAGCAAAGAGGAGGGUAUGGAGGAGAGACAGAGGAGGGGUAUGGCGGCGAUGGGAAUGAGGAUGAGCAGUUUGAGGAGGGAGGCGGCAUGCAAGGAGAGGGGUAUGGGGAGGAUGAGUAUGGGGGGGCUGGUGGGCAGGAGGAGGGGUACGGGCAAGAGGGGGAGUAUGGGCAGGAGGGGGAGUAUCACGGAGGAGAGAUGUUGCAGGAAGAGGAAGAGUAUCAGGAGGGGGAACAGUAUCAGGAGGGUGAACAGUAUCAGGAGGGGGAACAGUAUCAGGAGGGUGAACAGUAUCAGGAGGGGGAACAGUAUCAGGAGGGUGAACAGUACCAGGAGGGUGAACAGUACCAGGGGGGUGAACAGUACCAGGAGGGUGAACAGUACCAGGAGGGUGAACAGUACCAGGAUGGUGAACAGUACCAGGAGGGGGGACAGUACCAGGAGGGUGAACAGUACCAGGAGGGUGAACAGUACCAGGAGGGUGAACAGUACCAGGAGGGUGAACAGUACCCGGAAGGUGAACAGUACCAGGAGGGUGAACAGUACCCGGAGGGUGAACAGUACCAGGAGGGUGAACAGUACCAGGAUGGUGAACAGUACCAGGAGGGGGGACAGUACCAGGAGGGUGAACAGUACCAGGAGGGUGAACAGUACCAGGAGGGUGAACAGUACCAGGAGGGUGAACAGUACCAGGGGGGUGAACAGUACCAGGAGGGUGAACAGUACCAGGAGGGUGAACAGUACCAGGAUGGUGAACAGUACCAGGAGGGGGGACAGUACCAGGAGGGUGAACAGUACCAGGAGGGUGAACAGUACCAGGAGGGUGAACAGUACCAGGAGGGUGAACAGUACCCGGAAGGUGAACAGUACCAGGAGGGUGAACAGUACCCGGAGGGUGAACAGUACCAUGAGGGUGAACAGUACCCGGAGGGUGAACAGUAUGAUGAAGCAGAGGAGGGGUAUAACGAGGGGGAGGGGUACGGGAAGGGGCAGUAUGGAGGGGAUGGGGGUGAAGGUGGGGCGGGCAUGGGGUUUCCCGGGGAGGAGGGGCAUGAUGCCAUGGGAUAUGCAGAGGAGGAGCAGUAUGCAGAGGGAGGAGGGGACGGUGGUGGCGCAGGGGAUGGUUAUGAUGGUGGGGAGGUGUAUGAGGAAGGAGGGGGGUAUGUGGAGGGAGAGGGGUAUGUGGAGGGAGAGGGGUAUGUGGAGGGAGAGGGGUAUGUGGAGGGAGAGGGAUAUGGAGAGGGCAUGGGGCCGCAUGGGGAGGAGGGGCAGGGGUAUGGGGAGGAAGAGGCGGAGUAUCAUAAUCAGGAGCAGCAAUAUGAGGGAGAGGGGGGAUACGAGGGUGAGGGGGGUUAUGCGGGGGAUGGAGGUGGUGAUGGUGGUGGCGUUGGGAUGGGUUUAGGCAGCCCUAUAGCACACAUGGGUGCGAACUCGGGUAUGGGGCCAGGAGGGGAGUUUGGUGGGGGCAUGGCGGGUGAUGGGUAUGGGGAGAUGGAGGGGCAACAGGGGUAUGGGCCGGAGGAUGAGCAGUAUAUGGGGCAGGAAGGUGAGCAGUAUGAUGGGGAGGGGCAGUAUAACGAAGGUGAGCAUUAUAAUGAAGGGGAAUAUACCGAAGGGGAGCAGUAUACCGAAGGGGAGCAGUAUAACGAAGGGGAGCAGCAGUACCAAGAAAUCGGCGAGGGAACCGAGCAAUACGAGGGGCAGUAUGGAGCACCCGAGGGGCCUGGGCCUGGGGAAUUCCCAGAGGGGGAAUACCAUGAGGGUUACCAAGGGGAAUACCCAGAGGGGGGAUACCAAGAUGGGGAAGAUGGGGAGUAUCAUGGGGGGGAAGAGGGGUACCAUGAAGGGGGAGAGUAUCCCGAAGGGGAAUACCAUGAUGACCAGGCCGGGUACUAUGAUGGGGAAGGAGGAGAUGGUGCGGGUGGUGCUGCUGCUGCUGCUGCUGGUGGUGCUGAUGCUGGUGGGCAGUAUAUGGGGGGUGGUGAUGGUGCAUACGGUAUGCUGCAGGGGCAGCAGGAGGAGGAGGAGGAUGGGUACAUGGGGGAACGCGACCAGGCAGGCUUGCAGGGAGCGUAUGGGGGAGGAGGUGGGGUGGGAGAAGGGGAGGGGGGGGGAUACUCUCCUGAUGGGCGUUACUACGAGGAGCAUGUGCGGCUGAACGGGACAGGAGACGGAGGGGGAGAUGGGGGAGGAGGAGGAGUAGGAGGAGGAGGAGGAGGAGGAGGAGGAGGAGGAGGGUACUAUGGCAGGGCGCCUGGAAGCCCGUAUCCCAUGAACGUUCCCGGGAGUCCCUACCCUGACGAGCGGCCCAUGAGCCCGUAUGCAGACGGGCAGGGGUAUGAUGCUGGGGAGCAGUAUGGGGAGGGGCAGGGGUAUGAUGACGGGCAGGGGUAUGGGGAUGGGCAAGGGUAUGUGGAUGGGCAGGGGUAUGCAGAAGGACAGGGGUAUGUGGAUGGGCAAGGGUAUGCGGAGGGUCAAGGGUACGAGGAAGGGCAGAUGAGUCCAUAUCCCGAUGGGAAUCCCAUGAGCCCUCUUCCAGAGGAGCACUACCCUGAUAGCCCCUACCCUGGCGCUCCUUACCUGGACCAGCAGCAGCAGCAGCAGCAGCAGCAGGGGGGGAACGGGGAGGAGCAGCAGGAGUAUGGGGAGGGCGCGGGCAUGACCCUGUAUCCCGAGGAUGGCGGCAUGAUGAGUCCGUUUGGGGAUGGCGGCGGCGGCGGCGGUGGUGGUGGUGGGCAGUACGGGGAAGGGCAGUAUGAGGAAGGGCAGCUGAGCCCCUACCCACAACAUGGGUACCCUGACGGCGGCGGCGGCGGGCAUGGGUAUGAAGGCGAGCAGGCAUAUGGUGGCGAGCCGGUAUACGGCGACGGGGAGAUGAGUCCGUAUACACCCCAGGCACCCCUCAGCCCCUUCCCCGACCAGCAGCAGCAGCAGCAGCAGCAGAGGCCGAUGAGUCCGCUUCAAGGGGACAGGCCUGGUAGUCCGUACGGCGCCAUGCAGGCCCCGGGGAGUCCGUACCACCACGAGCAAGCCCCGGGGAGCCCUUAUCACCACGAGCAGGCACCUGGGAGUCCGUACCAUCUCGAGCAAGCCCCUGGCAGCCCGUACCACCACGAGCAGCCCCCUGGCAGCCCGUACCAUGAGGAAGGGGGCACGGGAGGCGGCAGUGGCAGUGGUGGUGGCGGUGCGUACUAUGGAGAGCGGCUGGGAAGCCCGUAUCACCACCAGCAGCAGCAGCAGCAGCAGCAGCAGCAGCAGAACGGGAUGGGGGGGUUGCACGGGGCUAGGAACGCCCCUGGGAGCCCGUACCACGAGGAGAGGCUUGGGAGUCCUUACCACGAGGAACGGCUUGGGAGUCCCUACCACCAGCAGCCGCACCAGCAGCAGCAGCAGCAGCAGCACGGGCAUGAGUAUGAGCAGCGGGUGGGAAGCCCGUUCCAUAUGGAACCGCCAGGCAGCCCUUAUCACGAAGAGGGGGUGGGAGGGGGAUAUGGAGAAGAGGGUGUGGAGGGGGGGUUUGAUGAGCAGCAGGGGAUGGCAGGGGGAGAGGGCGGGCAGUGGGAGGGGCAGUAUGGGGAGGAGAUGAAUGGUGGUGGGUAUGGGUAUCAGGAGCCUUUGACGCCUGCUAGUCCGCAUGAGUAUGCCAUGGCGUUGCACCGAGAGCAGCAGCAGCAGCUGCAGGAGCUGCAGCAGCACCAGCAGCAACAGCAGCAGCAGCAGCAGCAGCAGCAGCAGCAGCAACAGCAGCAGCAGUUGGGGCAGGGACUUAGGAUUGCCCGCCCGGAUUCGUCUCGCUCCUCCGACCGCCCCCCUAGCCGAGUCUCGUACCAGGAUGAUACAGACAGCCGGCCGCCCAGUAGGGUAUCUUACGCUGAGUCAGAUAGCCGCCCAUCCAGCCGCAUGUCUCGAAGAGGGGCGGCAGGGCCGGCAGGAGCAGGAGGGGGGGGACCAGGGGCGGCAGUAGCAGGAGCGGGGAGAGCAUUGGAAGUGGGGGAGGAAGGGUAUGCAGCGUUUGGGUUCUACGGGCAGCCGUCUCCGCGGUAUGGAGGGGUGGGGAGGGAUAUGGAGCGGCCAACAAGCCGGCAGAUGAGCCGGGGCGUGUCAGGUGCUUCCCAAGGAGGGUCGGAUCUAGAGCGGCCUAUCAGCCGGCAUGGGGCGGCAGAAUAUGACGAGUUUGGCCGCCCGCUCAGCCCGCUCACCCCACGCAGCCCACUCAGCGGGGAGGGGGUGGAUAGGCCGCUGAGUAGACACGGGCAGAGAGGAAUCAUGGGGGUAGAGUAUGUGGAAGGCGCAGGGGGGAUGGGGGGCAUGGGGAGUGGGGGCGACGGGGGAUAUGGUGGUAUGGAUGGGGGGAUGGGGGGUGGGUGGACGGAUGGGGGAUUGGGAUCACCCAUGGGAGGAAUGGGGGGGGGGUAUGGGGGAGACGGGGCGUUGGGUUCCCCUGUGGGGUUUGGAGGUGGUGGGUUAGGAUCGCCGAUUAGCAUGGGGGUGAUGCCAGGAGGGGAAGGAGGAGGAGGGGGAGGGAUGGGGAGCCCCCUGGGGUCUCCUAUUGGCGGAGGCCCCUUGGGAUCUCCGAUAUCACUGGGUGGCGGUCUGGGCGGCGGGAUGGGCGGCGGGUUGGAGGAUGAUUCUUAUGCGGAGAGUGCUUAUAUUGAGCAUAAGAUGCCGACUCUACGUGCGGAGGGGCUGCCUAUGGCUCCUCCAGACGACCCUAAUGACAUGCCAGCGAUUUCCUUCGAUAGAGUCACAUCCAUUCGGGGACCUGCAGGCGGCAUGGGAGGAGGAAGAGCAGGAGGAGGGUUUGUGUUUCCUUCUGCGGGUCACGGGGAGGAGUAUGGGGAGGACGAGGAGGAGGAGUACGGGCAUGGGGGCGGGUAUGGCAUGAUGGGGGGGUAUGAUGAUGUGGGUUUCACGAGCAUUGGCGUGGGGGCAGAGCUGGGGCCUGUUCCUGAAGUGGAUGAAGAUGCUCUAUUAGAAGAGGAGGAUGAUGAUCAAACCCCAGGGUUAUUCUCUGCCGGGGAGUUUGACGGGCGGCAGGUGGAGGACGGCGAGGUGGAGGGAGAAGGGGAGGAGGAGGAAGGCGAGGAGGGCGAGGAGGGCGAGGAGGGCGAGGAGGAGGCGGGCGAGGAGGGAGGGUAUGGGGAUGGGGGGUACGAGGAGGGAGGGUACGGUGAGGGAGGGGAUGGAGGGAACGGGGUCGCUGGAGGGGAUUUCGAGGAGGGCGAGGAGGGGUAUUAUGGAGAAGAAGGGAUGGGGGGUGAGGGUGGCAUGGGGAUGGAUGGAGGGGAAGGUUAUGGGGGGGAAGAAGGGGGGUAUGGGCAGGAAGGGCAAGAGGGGCAAGAGGGAGGGGGGUAUGGAACGGGAGGGUCUGGUUUCGACAACCAGUGGGUGUCUCCUCGGCCCAUGCCGACUGGUGCUGCUGGUGUUGCUGCUGGUGCUGCCAAACAGCCAGGUGCAAAGAAGGCGGCAGCUGCUGCUGCUGCUGCUGCUGCUGCUGCUGCUGCUGCUGCUGCUGCUGCUGCUCCGACUGGCUCUGCUGCUGAUAAGGGUGACGCAGGGAAGACAGGGGUGCAGGGAAAGAAGGCAGGCAAGGUGGGGACGAAAAAACAGAAGGGCAAGGCUGCUGGGGCAGUAUCAGGAGCAGUAUCAGGAGCAGUAUCAGGAGCAGCCGCAGGGGCAGCAGCAGGGGCAGGAAGUGGAGGAGCAGGAGGCGUGGGCAUGCAGGCUCAGGGAGGGAAUGAGCCUGGGAAUGACUCGGACUACUACUCCCAGUUGAUGCCUGCUGACGGUGCGUCAACCCCGCGCCUGAGCCCGUACAACCCGUGGGAAGAGGAGGAGACGCUGCUGCUGGAGGGGGCUGUUGCGCAGCACAAGCCUAAGCCGCAGAAACAGCAACAGAAGCAGCAGCUGCAGCAGCAGCAGCAGCAGCAGCAGCAGCAGCAGGAGCAGGAGCAGGAGAGAGGGGCAGGGAAGAAGAGUGUUGGUGGGCAGGAGGGGAAGGGCAAGGCUGGAGGGAAGGUGGCCUCUCCUGAGAGGGCUGUGGCAAAGAAGGCAGCAGCUGCUGCUGCAGCAGGUGCUGGUGGUGCUGCUGCAAAGGGCAAAGUGGGGAAAAAGGCAUUUGACAGUGACGGGGUAGUGCAUAGUGCUAUAGACUCGCUCUCUCUCCUAGAGAUCCCGUGGGCAGAGCUGAGAAGGAGAGGCAUAUACCAAGAAGACUACGCCUCUCCUCCUAUGCUUCUUGCUGACCACUCCCCAGCUGCCAGCAUGUCGCAGGGCAGCAUCAGCGGUUCUGCUGCCUCUGCUGCCGCCGCUGCCGCCGCUGCUGGUAGUAGCAGCAGCAGGGGAGGCACUCCCAAUGGUUCUGCUGCCACUGGUGGUGGCGGUAACAGCAGUGCGGGUCCCAGAGCUGCUGGUAAUAGCACUAGCGCAAUGGAGCUAGACUCGUUUGUUGACCUGUGCUUGGAUGAAAUGGUGCCCUCUGAAAAGAAUGAGCAGCUGCUGCAUCAGCAGCAGCAGCAGCAGCAGCAGCAGCAGCAGCAAGGGAGGGGUGGAGGGGGAGCGGAGGAGACGAGCUGUGGCAGUGCGAGGGACUCAGGCAAGGGCACUGGGGCAGGGAUGGGUGCUGGUGGUGGGGAGAGCAGCAGUGCGAGUGCGAGUGAUGGGUUGACGACGGAGGGGUCGCAGGCGUUCAUGCUGCUCACCAACCGCAGCCCUGCCAUCACGGAGAGGGAAUUCCGCCCCUUCAUUCGCCAUGCAGACAUACCCUUGAUCGUCCCGCCGUCCCCCGACUCUCUCGCGCACGCAGCAGCGCUGCUAACAGCAGCACAGGAGCACGAGCAUCAGCAGCAGCGCGCUCUCGGCUUCGGCGGCCUGGACCGCCGCCUGCUCCUCUGCAUCCUCUCAACCAUCGACUCCCCGCGCGACUGGCUCUCCUUCUCCCUCGCCUGCAAGCCCUGGCGCGCAGCAGCCUACUACGGGCUACGCUCCCUGCGCCUGCACCGGGGGCGGAGAGUCAACACGAACGGGCUCAUCCGCGCGCUCUCCCACUGCCCCAAUCUCACUGCGUUAGACAUUCCCGGGAUGAGCCUCGACCAACCGGUUACCAACGAUCUGCUCUGCACCAUUGGGUAUUCGUGUCCAGACCUCCGGCACUUGUCAAUUGGCGGUGAUCCCGAGCUGGGGUAUUCGUUUCGGGAGUCGGGGCUGGCGCUGCUGUUCUCAGGGUGCACGAAUCUCGUUGACUUGCGGCUGGAGGCGUUUCAGAGGAUUCGGGGCCUUGCUCUCCUCCCCAACUGCCUCGGCGAGCUAGCUAGUCUCCAAAUCCUCGACCUCCGCUGCUCCGAGCUCGUAGACCUCCCGCCGUCCGCCGGUCUCAUCCACUCUCUCCACGAGGUGGUCUGGGAGACCAAGCGCACGCGGGAGCUCGAGGCCUUUGGCUCAUCCGUGCCCCCAUCCAUUGUCGACUUCCCUUCCAUCCGCCGCCUCACUCUCAAGAACGUCUGGACUGUCUCGGGGGACAUCCAGCACCUCUCCGCUCUCACCCGCCUCGACAUCUCCGGAGCUAAGGGCCACCUGCGCUCGCUCCCCGAGGCUAUCGGCAGCCUGCCGAACCUCGUCCAUCUGGACGUGCGCGGGUCGUUCCGAGCCAUCCCGACGUCCAUCGGCCGCCUGCGCCGGCUCGAGGUGCUCCGGCUGCUCAGCGAGGUCCUCGAGGUGUUACCUCAGGAGCUCGGGGAUCUAACCAGCCUUCGCCAGUUGCGUCUCGACGGGUGCCGCGCCAACCCGCCUCUCCCGGACUCCCUCUGGCAGCUGCAGCAGCUGCGGGUCCUCUCCAUGCCGUGCGACCGCGUCCCGGACGAAAUCGGCGACCUGCAAUCACUCCACGCGCUUGAAAUCGACUGUGAUACGUCCCGCUCCUCCCCGCACCAUGCGCUGCCGGCACGCAUCGGCUGGCUGCGAGAGCUUAAAGAGUUGCGCCUCGUCUGCCCCUACCUCCGCUCCCUCCCAGCCUCCUUUGUCUCCCUCUCCUCCCUGCGAGAGCUCCAGCUGCAAUUCGCCGGCCCGCUCCCCAAAGACUUUGGCCUCCUCACCUCGCUCCGCCGCCUCGUGCUCGACAGCCGGGAAGUUUAUGCGCUGCCCGAGUCCUUCGGCGACCUGACCGGGCUCGAAACUCUGACCCUCGUCGGCGAAAAGCUAUCCACCAUUCCAGAGACUUUCGGAAACCUCUCCUCGCUGCGCUCCCUCUCCCUCGUGAACUACUCGGGCCUCACCAGCCUGCCUGCCUCCUUUGGCGAUCUCUCCAGCCUCACCCGAUUCGAGGCGUCCUGUCGGGAUCUUUCAUGGCUGCCCGUGUCUAUCGGAAACCUGUCAUCGCUGCAGGUGCUGGAGGUGCAGAGCAGAAGGUUGUCUCAGCUGCCCGAAUCCUUUGGGAACCUUACCUCCCUGCACACGCUGAAGCUGCACUGUCCCAUGCUGCGCUCUCUGCCUGCUAGCUUCAGGCAGUUGCCUGAAAUGGUCCGUGCUCAUGCAGGUGUGAAGCUGUAUGUGAGUUAG